UGACUCCGGUGAAGUUAACUGAUCGUUUCGUCGCGCCCUCGGCGCAGUGGUUAACACAUCAAUAAAUCAUUUGUGAUUUAACCGCCACGCUGUAACCCAUAGGAGCGGGGCGUCGGCGUUGCCGCAGCAACGGGGUCUCUCGUCACGGAGUUGACGGCACAGGUGACAGAAGGUGGCGCAUACUGAUCCGGAGCGGCAGCAACUCAGGAGUUUGAACAUAGACAAGAUAGAAAUCCUCUCUAGCUCAUUCAUCAGAAGAAACAGGAAUGGCUGGCACUGCUCGUCACGAUGCUGAAUUGGUCCAGAGAUCCAAGCAGCAGCUGUCCCAGACUACAGACCCCAUCGAGAGGCUAAGGCUGCAGUGUCUCUCCAGAGGCUCCUCUGGCAUCAAGGGUUUAGCACGGACUUUCCGUAUCAUGGAUGACGAUGGAAGCAAAACUCUAGACUUUCAAGAAUUUCAGAAAGGCUUGAAUGACUACGGUGUGCCACUGAAGAAGGAGGAGGCCUUGGAGAUCUUCCAAAAGCUCGACAAAGAUGGAAGUGGCACAGUGGACUUCAAUGAGUUUCUCGAAGCUCUCAGGCCCCCCAUGUCUAAUACCAGGAAACAGGUGAUUACUGAGGCAUUCCGUAAACUGGACAAGACAGGGGACGGUGUGGUGACAGUAGAGGACCUGAGGAACGUUUACAAUGCCCGGCAUCACCCCAAGUAUCAAAAUGGAGAGUGGACCGAGGAUCAGGUGUUCCGGGCCUUUUUGGACAACUUCGACUCUCCGUACGACAAGGACGGCAAGGUGACACUGGAAGAAUUCACAAACUACUACAGCGGAGUGAGCGCCUCCAUCGACAGCGAUGGCUAUUUUGUUGUGAUGAUGAGAAAUGCAUGGAAGCUGUAGGCUGCUCAGGCUAAGUGCCAGCCAUGGUCUCCAAGGAUGAGUUUUUAAAUUACUACGCCGGAGUGAGUGCCUCCAUCGACAGCGAUGCCUACUUCCUCCUCUGCAUGAAAACAUC